ACAGAUUCCUCGUAACUCAGUUCCACUUACGGCAUCGAACUCAACUCAUGCAACGCUAAAAAAUCCUCUUUUGUCGCAGUUUUUUCGACAAUUGCCUCUUUCAUAUUUUUUCACUGAAUUUUAGCGCGUAAAUACCUAAAUCCUUAGCGGCAACGUAAAAGUUUCAGUUUUUGUAUCAAUUACAGUGACCCAAUUGCAACCACAAAAAAUCUAGGGUUUUUAUUCUAAAAAGUGUAAAUUUUAGCUGCCCUUUUCUUCCAUUGUGAUCCUGCGUCUCAACAAACUCAAAUUCAUUCAAGAGUUCGCGCAGAGAAUCAAUGGGUCGCUCUCGUGGGAAUUUCCACCACGCCGAUGAGGACCCCAACCAGAGGUCAAGGAGAAAAAAGAAUGCUGCCAGUGGAGAGAAUUCGGAGUCUGGAGCUGCAGGCCAAGGAGCAGGCGAAGGGAAAAAGGCUCUGUACCACUGCAAUUAUUGUAAUAAGGAUAUAACAGGAAAAAUCCGUAUUAAGUGUGCCAUGUGCCCAGAUUUUGACUUGUGUAUAGAGUGCUUUUCUGUUGGAGCUGAGGUGACACCUCAUAAAAGCAACCACCCUUACAGGGUUAUGGAUAAUUUGUCUUUCCCUCUUAUUUGCCCAGACUGGAAUGCAGAUGAUGAAAUUUUGCUUCUAGAGGGAAUUGAAAUGUAUGGCUUGGGAAACUGGACAGAAGUUGCCGAGCAUGUUGGAACCAAAAACAAAGAGUCAUGCAUAGAACACUAUAGGAAUGUAUACCUGAAUUCCCCGUUCUUUCCUGUUCCGGAUAUGUCUCAUGUUGUUGGGAAAAACAGAAAAGAACUUCUUGCCAUGGCGAAAGGGCAGGGUGAAGACAAGAAAGGAAUUUCCAUGGCGGAUCUUAGUAUAAAGGCAGAAUCUUCCUUUUCUCCAUCUAGAGUCAAGGUUGAAGAUUCGCAUAAAGCUGGCUCUGCUAAUCGUUUGGCAUCCAGUUUGAAUUCAGAGUCGGAUGGCCCCUCGGGUAACACACAUGCUGCAAACCAAAAGGCAUCUAAUGUGGGCCGUGGAAAAGGUGGUCCAGGAAUCAUUAAAAUGGAAGAUUCUCAACUAGACAGAGAUUUUGGAGGAAAAAAGCCUACUUCCUCUGGAAAUGAAGGUCCUUCUUUAGUAGAAUCGAGUGGUUAUAACGCCAAAAGACAGGAAUUUGAUCCUGAAUAUGAUAAUGACGCUGAACAACUACUUGCUGAAAUGGAAUUUAAGGACACUGACACUGAUGAUGAGCGAGAGCUGAAACUACGGGUGUUGCGUUUCUAUGCAAAAAGGCUUGAUGAAAGAAAGCGAAGGAAGGAUUUCAUACUUGAAAGAAAUUUGUUAUACCCAAAUCCAUUUGAGAAGGAUUUUACACCUGAGGAGAAGGCAAUAUGUCGGAAUUAUGACUUAUUCAUGCGCUUUCAUACUAAGGAGGAGCAUGAGGAAUUGCUUAGAACCGUUAUCUCUGAACAUAGAACUCGUAAAAGACUUCAAGACCUUAAGGAAGCCCGGGCUGCUGGUUGCCGCAAUUCAGCUGAAGCUGAUAGAUAUCUGGCACAAAAGAGAAAAAGGGAAGCUGAAGAAAGUGCUCGUAGGACAAAAGAAAGUGCUCAGGGUGGCCCAAGCAAUCUAGGGGUUUCUAAUGCAUUGAUGUCUCCAGACUCUGCUGGCAAGGAUUUGAGAGGAAGACCUGCAGGGCCUGCUACUUCUAGUUCUGUCAAUGAAAUGGACGUGACAGGAUACUAUGGGGCAGAUUUACUUUCUGAAUCGGAGAAACGUUUAUGCUGUGAGCUAAGGUUGCCUCCAGCCAUGUAUCUAAAGAUGCAAGAGCAGCUGUCUCUACAAAUACUUGCUGGCACUGUCACUGCAAAAUCUGAUGCUCAUCAAUUGUUCAAGAUGGAUGCCAUGAAAAUUGACAGGGUGUAUGAUAUUCUCAUUAAAAAGGGGAUUGGUUCCCCCUGAGGCCUCCCUUGUUUCUGAUGUGUCACUUCAUAGAUUACUCUCUCCUACCCUCCCAUAAUUGAAAUAAAUUAGUCUUGUUUAACAAGGUUGAUAUAAAUUUUGAAGUGCUGUAUCAAGCUUUAGUAAUGGGCUGAGUUAGAUAAAGAGCAGACGAUACACACAAGUUAAACAUGGUUUUAUCUCACAUCUCUUAUGCUUCUCUCCCUACCCAACUGACCAACUCCAUGAAUGUGGUUGCAUUUGUAUGGAGUGGAUAGACAUGGGAAGUUAAUAUGAAUGUAUUAUGUAUUAUUAUGUAGACAAGGUCAAGGUCUUGAUGCAAAAAUUGGAAAUGUAGACUCAAAAUUUGUUUAUUCAGACUUCUGUAUUUCUCCAUAGUUUCUACAACAUUCUAGUUUUUAGGGUACUAAAACCCUUGAUGGCUUGUUGCACAUUUAUUGGUUACUUUAUCUUACAAUGUAGGUUCAAUUGUGUUUAUAA